CCAACAACAUCGACCAUCGACGACGACGACGGGCGACCGUCGCCAUCACUCAAGAUCCACACACUCUUCCAUCUCCGUCACUCUCACCACACACCCUCCAAUCUCCUCAUGAGAUUACACCGUUUUCCCUAGGCCAAACGCAUCCGGUUUCAUCCCCUCCAUUCCCCCGCCACCAUGCGCUUCGCCUACCCAGAGUCCGACUCGGACGAGGAGGACUAUGUCGUCGACCCCGUCGCUCUCAACGACAGCUACUCGUCAGACGAGUCUGACCAUAUUCCUGAUUUUACUCGCCAAACGCGCACCCGGCUCGGACAAGACAUCCGCGACAUGCUCGCCUCAUCGGGCUCCGAAGCAGAGUCCGAGGACGAGGUCAACGACCUGAUCCUGGGUGGUGGAGGAUCGGGCUCGCCAUCCAAGACGAAGAAUGCCUGGCGAUCACCACAGAAGGAGCAACCUCGCAAGCCCGCCCCACCCACCCUUCGCGCUCAGCUCUCGUACUCGACGUCCAAGAAGGCGGGCCCCAGCUGGAAGCCUUACGAGCCGACUGUUGCCGACGAGCUGAAGGAGUCGCAGAGCGAGUACAGCCUUUGGCUCAAGUCUGUCGAGGCGGAAGCCUGGCGUGAGGGCCACCUCGUUGCCAUCGAUCGGCGCCAGAAGCUUCGCGACAUUAACCGCAAGAUUCGCGCACAGCAGGAGGCAGCACGCCAGGCCAAGCGUGACAGAGAUGCGCAGGAGCUGGGGCGCAUGCUGGAAGGCCUCACCGUCAGGCAGAAGCAGGAAGAGGACGAGAUGGCCAAGCGGUUCGCGCAGCGGACAGCACAGCUCUGGGAGGCUGUCGAUGCGGCUGUCAAGGAGGCCGAGCGUCGCCAGGCAGAAGAGCAAGUGGCUGCUGCAGAAGCUGCCCGCAAGCAGAAGGAGGAGGAAGCAGCCCGUGUUGCUGCUGCCGAGAAGGCCGCGCAGGACCGCAAGGCUGAGCAGGAGCGCCAGGCCAAGGAGGCUGCCGAGGGUGAGGCUGCUGCAAAGGCCGAGCGCGACAAGCAGGAGGCCGACCAAGCUGCCCACACCGCCGCCGUCAAGGCGCAGGAGGACAAGCAACGUGCAGCGGCGGCUGAACAGAACCGCGGAUCAACUGAGUGGAGCCGUUGGGUCGAAGUUCAGAAGAAGAUGAAGCGCGACGUCAUCGAAGUCGUCAAGGCAGACAAGAAUCUGAUCAAGGAGCUCCGGCCUGGCAUGCGCCUCAUGACCCGCAGCCUCGGGCAGGUUAUCAACACCAAGGAGACGAUCGUGCGAGUGACCAACGACAUCCACUCUCUGCUCUCCGAGAGGCUACCAGCACCCGUGUCGGCUUCCUCGCCUAGCACAAUAGACACUCUGGUCCCCGCCUAUGGCUACUUGUUAUCGCACCUUUCCAAGGCGCUCAUCAAGCAGGCCGAGAACGAGGUCAGCGCGAAGGCAGAGGCUGGCUUCCCGCUUGCUAGAGUAGUCUUAGGCCUCAUCCUCCGCGGCCAUGGCGCCUUCGCCCAGGUGCUCUACGCGCGUCUUGUCAAGAAGUGCCCAUGGGUUGUCCCCUACCUGCCUUCUCGCGCCGAGAACCAGCCGCGUGAGGAAUACGAGAAGUCGACGGGCCGCACCGCGGACGAGUCCCUCGCAGAGUACAUUGCGCGGAUGUCGGGCAUCGCGACGCUCUACUUUGCGAUACUCCAAACCCCGAUUGGGACGCUCGUCCCUACAGUCAAUGCCCAACCAACGCCACAGCAGCUUUCCGCCCUCAUCCCCGCCGAGCUGCGGCUGCCCGCAACAUGGACGUGGCUGGCAUCCAUCCUCCGCCCGAGUCUGUCUGUCCAGAAGCCGGUUGCCCAUCUCAUUGCGCUCCUUUUGGACACGGACGGGUCCGAGAUGGUCAGGAUCUUUGGCGUGGGGCAGGUCGGCAAGCUGCUCGACGCGGUGUCGGCUGCACUCGACGCGGGCAAGAUCCCCGGCGACAGCGACGCGUCACAGGCAAGGUUGCGGCUCUUGCUCGAACGCUGGCAGCAGAAGCGCAGUCUCCCGCCGCCCGAGGGGCGGAUGUGGGAGGUGUAGACAUUCAUAUCAUGUAGAUAUCGUAGAGAUGUACGAGUACUGCAGGA